AUGCCAAUCUCCAUUCUCGACAUUGAAGGCACUGUGUGUCCCAUCAGCUUCGUCAAAGAGACUUUAUUUCCCUAUUUCCUCGAUAAAGUACCGGAAUACUUGAACACGGUCACUUUUCCUUUAGAUCCAUCCCACGGUGCCCUCGCAAAAACACUUCUGGGGUUUCCAUCUGAACAUACUCAAAGCAAGGACACUUUAUUACGUCACCUCAGGCAAUUGGUCGAAAAUGACGUCAAGGAGGUGAACUUGAAGGCCUUUCAAGGAACUGUUUGGAAGGAGGGUUACGAAAAGGGCGACAUAAUGGCUCCAGUGUACCAAGAUGCUAUAGAUUUCAUAAGGAGUCCAGAGAAUAAGAUCUACAUAUAUUCAUCGGGGUCAAUUCCAGCCCAGAUAUUGCUCUUCCAACACGUAAACGUUGAGGGAAAAUCCACCGACUUGACCUCGUUCAUUCUGGGUUACUUUGAUAUAAGCACUGCUGGGUACAAGCAGGAAAGAAAAACCUACGAAAAGAUAGUCAAGGAAAUAAGCGCGCCGGCCAGCGAACUCACCUUCUACUCAGACGUGACUAAAGAAGUCGAAGCUGCUACAGAAGCUGGUCUUAAAGCGGUAAUAGUUGUGCGUCCAGGGAACGCUCCACUUUCGGCUGGAGACAAAGACAAGUUCAAAGUGAUUGAGAGCUUUUCAACUGUGAAUUGA